AACCAGCUAGGACACUGUGGGGAAGCGCUCUGUUUUUUGGGGCUGGCUCAUUAUGCUAGCGAUCCCGCUAACGUUAGCCGGCUAACACUAGCGUUUAUUCGAUUUUAAACAGUGGAUUUGUUUACGGUUUGUCGCUAAGAGCGCAGUAUUUUUUAUUUUCUCGAUUUUUAUUAUGAUAGAAGGCCACCGAGCGAGUUCUGUCCUUUCUUUUGGAUUGGUAUUCAGUGUCAGACAGACAAAACAUCUAGUGAGGCUGCUAAUGUUACAGUGUUUGCUUUGAGCUAUGCAAGCAUAGGACGCCAAUUGUUUUCUGCUGCGGUCAAACUCAAACUGGGGACAAUCAGCUGGAAGUUGUUAAGCUUGUUAAAUUGAAUAUCCUCUCCCAUCCCCCUUACCCCCUCUGUCAGAGCAUGGCUCAGGAGACCAAUCAGACGCAGGUGCCAAUGCUUUGCACUAUGGGAUGUGGUUUCUAUGGUAACCCCCGCACCAACGGCAUGUGCUCGGUCUGCUACAAGGAACACCUGCAGAGACAACAGGGAGGGGGGCGAUCCAGCCCCCCGGGAGAGAAAGCUGCUACAUCACCGGCAGGAUCACCAGGGUCAGCUGGUGUGACUGUGGAGAGUACAAACUCAGAACCCAGCACAGAGGUAGCAGGGACUCCACCUGAGGAACAAACGACCAGUCCCAGCUCACCCAGUCCAGUAACUCAACAGAUGACAGCUAUGAGCAUCUCCCAGGAUUCAGGAGCUGUAGACUCUGAUCGAGCAGAGGCUGAGGAGGGAGAAGAGGAAGGUGCUUCCAACAGCACAGAGCCAGUCGGGGAAGCAGCACAGACUUUGUCUGAUAAUGACCAAACUCCUGAUAAAAACAAGAAAAAGAACCGCUGCUUUUCUUGCCGGAAGAAAGUGGGCCUUACUGGUUUCGACUGUCGCUGCGGCAACCUGUUCUGUGCCAUUCACCGUUAUUCUGACAAACACGACUGUCCCUAUGAUUACCGGAGUGCAGCUGCUGCCCGCAUACGCAAGGAGAACCCCAUCGUGGUGGCUGAGAAAAUUCAAAAGUUAUGAGGACUGAGCGCAAAGAAAGAGUCUCUGACUUAAUGAAUUUGAACAAUGUCGACUUGGAUGAAAACACCUGAUAUCAUGGCUUCAUUUGUUCAUGGUAGUCUAAGAUGGGCGGGGUGGGGUGGUAAGGUCACAGCCACUGUCCAGGCGCUUCCCUUAUUAGCAUCUCCCUCUCUCUCCACUAGUGACUGCGGCUGAACCUGAGUGUUUCUGUGUGUGUGUUUGUAUGAACGUGUGUGUGCAUAUUUGCUUGAGAGUCGGGGAGAAAGCCGUGGGGGAUUGGUGGACAUUGGUGUUGCUGUGGUGCGGGAAGGCAUUUGAUUUUACCCCUUUUUGUUUCUCAACUUGGGGGGUCGUGUGAGCUUAUUUUUAUACAGUCCCUGUAUGGUAGUUGAAAUGAGAGGGGAGAGGUAAGCUGUUAAAGAAUGUGACACAAUAAUGACCAAGAGCUCAAUUAAGGUCUUGUGAGUUUUUAUUUAAAAAAAAACAAAAAAAACCUGACUUGGAGAUUUGGUGUAUCAGCAAGACCUUUCAAGGGCUUUGGAAUCUACAUUUUUCUCCCAGACUGAAAAUGAUGUCAACUUCUUGUCAAAUUGGCAUAUUUUUUUUCUUCCCACUUCUUUUCUCUAUGGGUCACCACAUGUUCAACUCCCAAGUCUCAGCAUUUUCCAGAAACCUUUCUCUUUGAUAUAUUGACUUAUCAUACUGGUAUUGGGUGCAUGAACAAUUAAUGCAGAGGGAAGGUAGGGGAGGGCAAGGGCAUGGGCAUGGGAAGCUGAGAACCUUGACUUAACUGAGUGAUUGAAUUCUGUGUUUUUCUUUUAUUUCUUUUUUUUUCUGUUUUAAUGAGCGUAUGACAUCAGAAGAUCUAUAUUAAUAUAUUGUAGUUAGCUUGAAUUGUGUGAUUGCAUUCUAUUUAUUUUUUAUCGUUUGGUUGGUCUGUGCUGGAGGAUUGGCAGCAUGUGUCGGCAAAUCAUUAAGGUUUGCACUUAACCUUUUCAAUUAUAUUUAAGUGACUACAUCUUGAUUAUAUAACCAUUCAAUAAAAAAUACACAAGCUCUGAUGAUGGGGUAGAGUCCAGUUAAACUGUUACAACUACAACUGUGCAGUAAAAUGUCCAUUAUUUUGGAUUUGGAAACAAAGCACAACAGAGUGUGUCAGCUGCAGAGCACAAACUAAUGUGCCACACCUACUCGGUUUUGUUCAGCAUCUCGGUCAUUCGCAGUUUGUAUCUGAUCUGUAUAGCAAGCUUGCUGAAGAAAUUGCCUUUUUGUUGGAUUGAUGAGAUGUUUAGUACGGCGCCGUGUUCUCCUUGAAUGCCCUUUUCUAUUCUGUGGAGAGUGAAGCUCCAUGAUCCUCUAACCACCAGCAGACCACUGACACAUGCUGAAUGAAAACUGACCUGGGCAGUUAUCUCUACACAUUGACACACCUCCUGCUCAGCUAAAGUAAAGAUUGUUGCAGUGCUACAGAGUUGCGUGCUGCGCUUUUGCAAUGUGCUCAGAUUAAGGCGAGUCCUUACCAUGAAGAGCGCUUCUCGCCAGCUUCUUCUAGGAAGAUCAAUCUUAAGUGCAUGUGUGCAGUCAAACCUAUCAUCUACCUACUGUUUUGUAACUGACUGCACAGUUUGAAAUUAAGCUGAAAUGUUUAAAAGGCCACAAAGCAGUAGCACAAUGCAUGGCUGGCGAGUUAACAGGACUCUACAGUUUCUUUUCCAAAUGUAAAUACCAUAUGGCUCCUGUUCAUAUAGUAUAAUCUUAAUGUAGACGUUUGACAGAUAAUAAAGAUGGGGGACAAAGGUGGAGAAUAGUAGUAUGUGUAUAAAAUUGCUUUCAUAAUUAUCC